ACUAAAAGAGUAAACGCUCAUUAACUGCCCUAUAUUUUCUUGACAGUCUAUAAAAAGAAGCGAGUAAAUCAUGAAUGAGGGAAACCCUGGUAAUGUCAGACAUGUUAAUCCAACAGGCACGUGUGAGUGUGAGAUAUCCACUCUGUAGCUUCCAGGUGUCUUAUACAAUGGUCCCACAAUAUCAAAUGGAAAAGACCACUCCAAAAUGAUCAUUCUCCAAAAAUUGAAACCAAGACGCACACAAAGUUCAGACCUUGAAACCACCCAUCUUUUGAUUUUCUAAGCGCCCUCAACCUACUUUGUUGUUCCUGAUUUUUAUUGUCCUCUCUGCAGGCUUGCAAUGGUUCCAGCAGGAGAACUUCAAUUUGGCAAUUUUCAUCAAGUUUUACUGAACCUACGUAGCCAGGUUGAGAAGAUACUCAAUGAGGAGCAGAAAGCUCUGUUAGAAUCUCUAGAGCAAAAGGAAGACCUAAGAAAACAGCUUGAGAAAAGUGAAGCUCAAAACAAAGAUCUUGAGAAGAGCGAGGCUCAAAAUAAAGAGCUUCACAAUAUAGUCUUAGACCAGCAUACAGCCUUGUCAAGCUAUGAAGAUCAAAUCAAGACUCUAAAGAAAGAACUUGAUCAGGUUGGCUCUCAUGAGUCAAGGAGUGAAAUUAUGACCAGAGAGCGCGAUGGCUUGAUUAGCAAGUACAACCAAGCAUUGAAGCAGCGAGACUCAGCCUUAGAGAAGUUGAAUACCAUUGGAGCAGAGCUAAAGGAGGCGCAAAAAGACUUGGAAUUGAGCAAGAGUGUCUGGGAUGCUGAGAGGAUAACUUUGGCCGAGAGGCUUACUAAGGCGAAAAAGGCGUGGGAGGCUGAGAGGAUGGCACUGACAAGUACAAUUUUGACGCACCAGGACUCCACUUGGAAAUACAACCAAGCUUUAAAGGAGCGAGACUCGGCCUUGGAGGAGGUCCAAAAAGAUUUGUCCAAGUCCCGGGUUGAGUUGGAAUCAGGAAAGAAGGACCUCAACACAGCCAUGAACGAGCUGAACAUUUUGGGAGCAGAGCUAAAUGAGGUUCGAAAGGACUUGUCCAAGUCCCGGGCUAAGUUGGAAUUAGGCAAGAAGGUGUGGGAGGCUGAGAAGAUGGAACUGACUAAGAAGUUUAACAAGUUUGGAACAGGAAACUCUGAUCUCAGAGAGGACUUGUAUGACUUGGCCAAGAUCCACGAGAAGCACAUUAAAGAAAAUGAGAAUGCAUAUUGUACAGGGUACCUGACUGGGUGGUUCAGGGAGCCUCAUGAAUAUAUUUCCCUGCGGAGCUAUGAGGCCAAGGAAGUUACUCUUCCGGUUCACAAUCCUCUGGAGGCCACAUCUUCACAUUCUCAUUCUCGUGCCACAAUUAGACGUUUCGGAAGUGCUGGUCCAUAGAUCCUGUUAUAAUGUUUUUGGGACGUGUCAUCUGUCAUCUGUAUAUGAUUAGGCUUGAGUGUUCGGGAUUAGAGCUUAACCUAAUUAGGUACUGCAAUUCUGUUAGCUCAAUAGACUGAAUAGAGCGGUUAAGGUUUAUCAAGUUGGGACUUAUUAAUGAAGCUUUUCACGAAGAGAAAGUUGGGUCUGCAGGCUUUCACCUUUUGUGUGACUGAAUUUCUCCCAAAUAUUUGCAUUUAUAAGCAAGCUAAUAUAUAUACAAAGUUGAUGUAUAAUACCUGUGCUUAUUUUA